AUGUCAAAACAUAAGGCAGCAGUGAACACCUUAGCUUUCUCUCCUGCUGCCGUUUUCCUGGCAAGUGCUGCUGAUGAUGGGGAUUUUUUAGUGUAUGAAACAGAUAAUUGGAAACUCGUGUGCCAUUACCAGGGGGAGCAUAGAAUUCGAGUGAUAGCCUGGGACCCGUUGGUGAGGGCGAUCAUUACUUGGUCUAGCAACGGUGAUAUCAACCAACUGCUCCUAGAAAAGACCAUCCUACAGAAAACAGAAAACGACAAACAAUGGGUCCACAACGUUGUCGGCUGCGUUCAUGCCAUAGAAACUAUUCAAGACAGCACCCAGCUUGCUAUUGGGUACAAUAAUCAAGUCAUAUUAAAUUGCCUUAUCGUGGUAUCGUUCCUACAUCAUGGAAUCAUCUACGGUCCAAUUCACAAAUAUGUACCACAGGCAGAGUACAAUAUCCCGCUGAACAUCGAGUUUGUCAAUGAAGAGGGUUGGUUUGUUGCAGGGGCUGGGGUUGGGCAUGGUGCAUGCAUUUUUGUCCGAGGCCCACUGGAGCCUCUGCAGGUCUUGAAACCUUUGAUAGAGCACGAUGAGCUACAAACAGUGUUUGGACCCAGCAAGACGAUAUCAGGCCUGCAGUAG